AUGGAGACCGAAGGCUACCGUGACCUCCUGGAGACCAGCGAUGGGCAGGGGGCGAGCUCGCUGGACGGAGGCGGCGGAGGGGCGGCGGACGAGAACUGGAGCACGCCGUACCCUCUGGGCUUCCAGGUGUCUCUGACCACCGUGCUGAUGCUGGAGCUGGUGCUGGGCUUCAGCAGUAACCUGACAGUGCUGGUGCUGUACUGCGCUCAGUCCAACCUGGUGGACUCUGUGAGUAACCUGGUCACUGUGAACCUCCACGUGCUGGACAUCCUGGUGUGUCUGCUCUGUCUGCCCCUCACUGUCGCCGUCAUCCUGGUGCCGGCCAAUGGGAGCGGAGUGGGGAGCCUGGCCACGCUGUGCUGCUUCCAUGAGGCUUGCGUCACCUUCACCAGCGUUGCCACAGCGGUCAACGUGCUGGUCAUCAGUCUGGACCGUUAUGACAUCUCUGUGCGCCCUGCCAGUCGCUUGCUGACCCCUCGACGAGCAGGCCUCUUAUUGGCUGCGGUGUGGGCCGUGUCUCUGGCUGUGUUUUUUCUACCGUUCCUUGAGGGGGACUUCUUCUCCAGCGGCGACGACGAAGACGAUGAACCGGACGACUCUGAGAUAACCACAGGUCCUGCCCUCUCCUUCUCCCCCGCUCCCUCGGCGCUCCCCUCCUCCCCCCCUCACCAUCUCAGCCCAGCAUGGCAGAACCGGACUCUGCUGUGCGUAGGAGGCCAGGGCUACUACACCGGGAUGGCCAUGUACUAUCACCUGUUGCUGCAGGUGCCGUGUUUCUUCGUAGCGGUGGUGGUCAUGUUGUUCACAUACUCUCGGAUUCUCCAGGCUCUGAACAUCCGCAUCGGCUCCCACAUGAUGAGGGGGUCUCGCUCCAAAGACUCCACCUGCAGGAUCCGCUGUAGGAGGAAGAAAAGGCAGGACCUGAGCUUGCCCACAGACGCAGCCUCCUCCAACCAGAACCAAAACGCAUCUCACCCCCCGCUGCUUCCUUCCCCCACCCCGACUCCCACGUCCCCCCCUACGCUCGCCUCCUUCCCCCCGGGUAUGUCCGACAGCGGAGCCACAGUCACGACCGUCAGCACCGCGGCUACUACACCCAUCGCCACCACGCCAGCCACCCCAGCUUCCCCCACGCUGCCCUCAGCCUCGGCCCAGACUCGCAACACCCCUCUGCCGGCCUCGUCCGUGGGGGUGCAGGCCUCGGUCUCCGCCAUCAUUGCUUUGAGAAGAGCAGUACGCAGACACAGAGAUCGCCGGGAACGUCAGAGGCGCGUUCUCAAAAUGUCCCUGAUCAUCAUCUCCACCUUCCUGGGCUGCUGGGCGCCUCUGUCCGCGGUCAACGUCCUCAUCCUGUGCAUGGGCCCCAGCGACGGCUUGGUGCGGCUCCGUCUCUGCUUUCUGGCCAUGGCGUACGGGACGACGAUAUUCCACCCUCUGCUCUAUGCCUUCACCAGGCAGAAGCUGAGGCGAGCGCUCAAAACCAGGGUCAAGAAACGGGUGGUGUCGCUGCUGCAGGUGGACCCGGCGCCGAGCGGGGGGACCGUCAUUCAUAACUCUUGGGUGGAAGGUGGCGGGCAAAGAAAAGCGCGUAAGUCCAGAGUCGAGGCCAGCGACGGGACUGACCGCUGUCUGACCGAAGCAGUGCGAGAGUGA